AUCAAGCCAAUUCUGACGGAGACAGAAUGGAAGGAAUAUGAAAAGCGAAGAUGUGUAAUGAGAACGAUCAAAUUGAGCCGUAGUGCACUGGAGGAAUGCAAUACGUUUGCGGACGAAUGGACAGGCUUGCAUUUAUUUCUGGAUAAAAUGCCGAAACCAGUUUGUAUUAUUGCACACAACGGUGUACGGUAUGAUUAUCGCAUAUUGUUCGCAGAAAUGCAACGACAUGACCUGCUGAAAACGAAACCGAUUCCUGACGAGGUUUAUUUUAUUGACUCGUAUAUGAUGUUUAUGGAUCUCGAGAAGAAACAUCAUGAAGAUUUGAAAUUAUUGACAAAGAUGAUCGAUUGGUCAAAAGGUUCGUUCAGUUCAUGUUUGUUGUUGCUAUUUAUGAUUGGAUGUGCUGCGUUGAAUAUUCGACUAGUAAUGUGGCGAUGUAAANCGUCCUCAUCAACAGUGAUCACUCUGAAACUGUCAACUUUCACCCCAAACAACUCGUCCUCAUCAGAUACCACCCCAAACAAACCUUUUCCAUCAGCUGUUACCCCGAACAACCCAUCUCCAUCAAGUGCCACACCAAAUAACCCAUCUCCAUCAAGUGCCACCCCAAAUAACCCAUCUCCAUCAAGUGCCACACCAAAUAACCCAUCUCCAUUAACUGUCAAUCCGAAUAAUUCCCCCGUCCCGAACUCUCCCCAAAGUCGUCCUGAAUGCACAAAUCCGUCAGUUGCAACAACGAACAACGUUCCAUCCGAAUCGAUAAGUAGCAGUAAUUGUACCGCGAGACGCUCCAUAUUCGAUUUGUCUGAUGACCAUCCAAUUCAGUUUAUGCGAAACUCACAAUGGUCUCCUGCAAAACGUAAACGGACUCGUCCUAAUCUUCUCAAGCGUUCACGAGGCGAUUGGGUGUUUGACAACUACUCUUCAGUGCGAUACUUUCAUGAAAGCGGUGUUUUCAAACUUGAGCAAAUGUACAAAGAUUUGAUCAACAAACCACUCGAAGCGCACUACGCUCAAGAAGAUUGCGAGGCUCUUCUUCAGGUUUGUAUGGCUUAUGGGCAAGAGUUCAUCGACUAUGUCGAUUCGAAAGCCGUCCCAUUUCCUUACAAUACCAUCGUAUCUUCCAAUAAUAAUGAUAAUUUCUCAACAACUCAUCAAUAA